AUGUAUGAACCGAUCAGAGGAGGCACGCGAGGCGGACAGGGCGAGUUCAAAUGGUCUGACGUCUCUGCAGACAAGGAUAGGGAGCAUUACCUUGGACACAGCAUCAAUGCACCAACUGGUAGAUGGCAGAAGAAUAAGGAUGUUCAUUGGUACAAUAGGGAUCAAAAUCAGGCAGAGGAAGAGAAGCUGGCUGAGAUAAAGAGGAUAAAAGAGGCAGAAGCUGAUGCAAUGGCUCAAAUGUUGGGUUUUGCUCCAACAAAGAAAACCAUUGAUGCCACUCCGAAUGGCAACAACUCGGCUAGUCCUGUGGCGGGUACGUCAGGAAAUAUGUCACCUCCAGGCGAUGACGUCGAAAAAGAGAAGGAAAAACUUGAGCGACACAGACGAAAGAUGGAAAAGAAAGCAAGGAAAGCUGAAAAGAAGGCUCGUAAGGAAACUAAGAGGAUGGAUAGGCGCAGGGACGACUCUGUUUCUGAUUACGAGCGCGAAGAUCGAUAUGGGGAGAGACGGAACUCGCGAGAAAGAAGAAGGUCGCGUUCACGUUCACCCAGACGCCGAGACUCCCGCGAAUGGAUUGACGAAUACCGUAGAAGGCGAUCUCCUGUGCCUCCACAUGUACGGCGUCGCUCGAAAUCACCUGCGUCGCACGGGGAUGAACGCAACCGUGGAGAAUAUGACCUUGCAGAGCAGGAACGAGAACGAGAACGAGACAGACGACGAUGGAACACCAACGCCGCUAGAGAUCUUCCCCGCAGCAAUCGGCCUCGUUGA